ACAGAGGCAUUUGUGAAGUGUGUCGACGCUGCUCCAUGAUUUUGUAGUUCUACAGUAAACGGCAAACUGUUCAGUUUAUCUAGUAAAUUUUAUCGCAACUGCGCGCAAAGUGAUUUUAUAUUUAAAAUUUGUGAGAAAGAAAAAAAUAUAAAAAUUAAAACUUUUGAAAGUAAAGUGAAGUUUUAAGGCGGCAAAAAGAUGACAACGAAAUUUAUAAUCAACGACGUUCCAUACAUCGUCAAUCUGACAAACUUUCCACCGGAUAUCACCCUGAAUACUUUUAUUCGAGAGCACGCGCAGUUGACGGCGACCAAAUAUAUGUGUUUAGAAGGCGGUUGUGGUGCUUGUGUGUGUGUUGUCAAAGGUAAACAUCCCGUCAGCGGUGAACUACGUGCAUGGGCCGUAAAUUCAUGCUUGACGCUGCUGAACACUUGUUCGGAUUGGGAGAUCAUAACAGCUGAGGGAAUUGGCAAUAAAGGUUUUGGCUACCAUCCGAUUCAAAAACGUUUGGCCAAGAUGAAUGGCACACAAUGUGGUUUCUGUUCGCCGGGUUUUGUAAUGAAUAUGUAUGGCCUACUUCAGUCGAAAGGUGGAACAGUCACAAUGGCGGAAGUUGAGAAUUCCUUUGGAGGCAACAUUUGCCGCUGCACUGGGUACCGUCCGAUAUUAGAUGCUAUGAAAUCCUUUGCCAUCGACAGUACUAUUGAAGUUCCGGAGGAAUGUCAGGAUAUUGAAGACUUCGAGCUCAUCUCUUGCCCAAAAACAGGGUUGCAAUGUGCGCGUAGCUGUCAAAAGUCGCUAAAUACUUUGGUCUACGCCGACGGUACGCAAUGGAAUUGGCCACGAACGCUCCCCGAGCUAUUUGAUGCCCUCUCUAAAGUAGGCAAUGAUGAGUUUAUGCUGGUCGCAGGAAAUACAGCGCAUGGUGUUUAUAGGCGUUCAUUAAACCUAAAGCAUUUUAUUGAUAUCAAUGCAGUGCCUGAGCUGAAGCAUCACUCUAUUACCAGUGACUUAUUGACAUUGGGUGGUAAUCUUAGCUUGACCGAAGCGAUGGACAUUUUCUUAAAAGCCGCUAAGAAGUCUGGUUUCGAGUACUGCCAACAGUUGUGGCAACAUUUCGAUUUGAUUGCAAAUGUACCAGUACGCAAUACUGGAACCCUCGCGGGAAAUAUCAGUGUAAAAAAAUACCACCCAGAAUUCCCCUCGGAUAUUUUCAUAACAUUCGAAGUUCUCGAUGUCCAACUUGUUGUCAGCGAAGAUGUAUCUACACAGAAGACCAUCUCACUGAAAGAGUAUCUAUCAUUAACCAAUAAUAAGAUUGUCAUAAUUGCAUUCGAGUUAAAACCCUACUCAAAAGAAAAUUUCGUUUUCGAUUCGUAUAAAAUAAUGCCACGAGCUCAAAACGCUCAUGCUUAUGUCAACGCUGCUUUUUUAAUAGAUAUGGAUCCAUUUGUGGGGAAAGUUAAUUCUGGUCGUAUUUGUUUUGGAGGUAUACAUCCCGAGUUUGUUCAUGCCACAGCAAUAGAAUCUGUCUUAGCUGGACAGAAUUUAUUUGAGAAGGGCACUGUUUCAAAUAUUUUCAAAAACCUGAUUGCCCAACUGAAACCCGACGAUGUUCUUCCGGACGCCUCUCCCGAUUUCCGAAAAACUCUAGCUGGAGGUUUGCUUUAUAAGAGUUUGUUGAAGAUUGCGCCAACAGACAAAGUGAAAGAUGAAUACAAGAGUGGUGGCAAUUUACUUCAACGACCCCUCUCAUCCGGAAUGCAAUCAUUCGAAACAAAUGAAAAAAAUUACCCAGUUACACAGGCAGUAGAAAAAAUUGAAGCUAUGAUUCAAUGUUCCGGUGAAGCCACCUAUAUGAAUGACAUACUCACUACUUCCAAUUCCGUAUACUGUGCAUUCGCUAAUGCAACAAAAGUUGGAGCAAAUAUUGAACAGAUUGAUGCGUCCGAGGUUUUGCAAACUCCAGGGGUCAUUGCCUUUUACUCGGCUAAGGAUAUUCCUGGAAAGAAUUUGUCAUGCGACCCAUCAUUUGGGUAUGAAACUGAAGAGAUAUUUUGCAGUGGGAUUGUUAAAUAUUACGAUCAGCCUUUGGGCGUUGUAGUGGCUAUUACAAGUGAUAUUGCAAAUCGUACCGCCACUAAAGUGAAAGUGACCUAUUCCAACAGCACCCGCAAUAUUUUACCCACCACUGCACAUGUGUUUGAAGCACAAGAAAUGGACCGUGUCAAUAAGAUAAAGUCCUCGCAAUUUGAUGAUAUAAAACUCUUAGAAACACCGGACAUCAAUGCCAAGGGUCUUUUUGAAAUUGGUGGACAAUAUCAUUUUACUAUGGAACCUCAAACUACCAUAGCUAUUCCGUUUGAAGAAGGUCUUCAAGUUUGGACAGCAACACAGUGGAUGGACCAUACUCAAUGUGUAAUCGCAAAAAUGCUACAGGUUAAAGUAAAUGAUGUUCAACUAAAAGUACGUCGCCUCGGUGGCGGAUAUGGCAGUAAGAUUUCGCGUGGUAAUCAGGUUGCAUGUGCUGCUUCUCUAGUUGCCCACAAACUAAAUCGGCCAGCGCGCUUUGUGCAGACUAUUGAAUCCAUGAUGAACUCGAAUGGAAAACGAUGGGGUUGUCGCUCUGAUUAUGAGUUUCAUAUUAAAACCAAUGGGAAAAUUAUAGGGCUUAAGAAUACAUUCUAUCAGGAUGCGGGGUAUACGCUUAAUGAAAAUCCUAUCAAAGGACAUUCGGUUGCAUGCGCGAAAAACUGUUACGAGCUUCCUGACUCAAGUACAAAAAUCGUGGCCGAGGCUGUUAUAACGGAUGCUCCCAGUUCGACUUGGUGCCGUGCUCCAGGUUCGGUGGAAGGGAUUGCGAUGAUCGAAAAUAUUUUAGAACACAUUGCAUUUGAAGCGAACAUAGAUCCCGCCGAUGCACGAUUAGUAAACUUGAAACCUGGAAAUAAAAUGGAAGAAUUAUUGCCACGAUUCAUUAAGUCAACUGAAUACCGAAAGCGGCGAAAUGAAAUCGAUGAUUUCAAUGAGAAAAAUCGUUGGGUAAAACGUGGUCUAGGCUUAGCCAUUAUGGAAUACCCAGUUUUUCUAUUUGGUCAAUACCCAGCCACUGUAUCGGUAUAUCACAUUGACGGUACUGUAGUGAUAUCGCAUGGAGGAAUAGAGAUGGGUCAAGGUAUGAACACGAAAAUUGCCCAAGUGGCAGCCCAUACGCUUGGAAUACCACUAUCUUUUAUAAGGAUUGAGUCAAGUGACACUAUUAAUGGUGCUAAUUCGAUGGUGACUGGCGGCGCAGUUGGUAGCGAAAGUCUUUGUUUUGCAGUUCGUAAAGCUUGCGAAACUCUCAAUGAACGUCUUAAGCCAGUUAGAGACGCACUUGGUAAAGAAACUAGUUGGUUGGAUGUUGUUCAACAGGCUUGGGGAAAGGCUAUAAAUAUGAUCGUUAGUGAUCAAUAUAAAAAGGGUGACAUGGAGAACUACAACGUAUAUGGUUUGGCAUUAACCGAAGUUGAAGUGGAUAUCUUAACGGGUAAUAACCAAAUAAGACGUGUUGACAUAUUGGAAGAUGCUGGCGAGAGUCUAAGUCCACAUAUUGACAUUGGUCAGGUGGAAGGUUCAUUUAUCAUGUUGUUGGGUUACUGGCUCACGGAACAAUUGAUCUAUGACCGACAAACAGGGCAACUUCUUACUAAUCGGACAUGGAAUUACAAACCUCCUGGAGCAAAGGAUAUUCCUAUCGAUUUUCGUGUAGAAUUAUUGCAAAGAAAUCCAAAUCCAGCAGGAUUCAUGCGUUCUAAAGCGACCGGUGAGCCACCUUGCUGUCUAGCGGUCAGUUCAAUUUUCGCCAUACAACACGCUAUACAGUCUUCUCGAAAAGAUGCCGGUCUCAAAAGAGAAUGGGUUCGAUUAGGAGCUCCAACAACGCCUGAGACUAUUGUUUUGAAUGCAGGCACUGAUAUUUCAAAGCUCUCAUUAGACUAGCGUAUUACGCCGGUCAGUUUACUUGCCGUAUGUUUAAGAAUUGCAUUGGUGGUUGGGAAAUAUAAAUAAAUCAAAAACAAAUAUUGCAUUCGAAUAGAUAUGUACAUACAUAUGUAUAUACUUCGGAAGUUUUCAAAACCCUACGUAUGUAUAUACUGUAAAGGUAUUGCAUUAAUACUGUA